GAUAUCCUUUCGGAACUACAAAAACCGCGGGAAAGUAUAAUAGAACAUAAACAAAGUUUCUAACGAAAAUGCAGAGUUACUGCAUUGUAUUUGCAAGAAAUUGACGAAUUAUUUUUCAGGUCAGAAAUGUCCAUUGUAUUGGCAACAACGUGGGACUAUAUGUUAUAGAUUUAGAUAUGUCAACCUUAUGUCUUGGAAUGAUGCUGAAAAUUGGUGUAAAUCUCAGACUGCACAUCUUGUCAAGUUUGAAAAUACUAAUGAAAGGAGUUGGAUGAUGAGUAGAACAACACAAAUCUUAACUCAAAUCAAAAAGCCGAAUUAUAGAUUUUGGACUGGAUUGAACAAUUUAGAUCAGAGUACAUCAGUGUAUACGUGGGCUGAUGGCAGUCCUGUCAGUCCUCUUGUAACGCGAGGUCAAGCAAUAUCUCCCAGUUCAACCAAUCAUUGUGUUAAAAUAGAUGGAAAUAGAUUAAGAAAUGUGAACUGUAAUACCAAGUUAGCAUAUAUAUGUGAAAGACACAUAGGUAUUCCACUCACCUGCAACAGAGAUGCUGGGUGGCAGUCUUUUAACAACUUCUGUUAUAAAGUAUUUAAUAGGAACACUAACAAUUGGAAUGGAGCUCAAACAAUUUGUAACAAACUGGGAGGAAAUAUAUUUACAGCAGAAAGUACCGCAGAAGAACAAAUUAUACAUGAUUUUGCCAAGACUACUCAUAAAAAUUACUGGAUUGGUAUAAAAGCUUAUCAACAGGGUGGUUCCUAUGCUUGGCUGCAACUUCCCAACAAUACUGUAGUAAAUCCUGUAUUUUGGGCUAGAACACCUCAUUUACAACGAAGUCAGUAUAACAGGACCUGUGCAGCAGUUCUGUAUUCCAGAUCAUCAUCAGACAUAGCAUGGCAACCUGUCAGAUGUAAUGCAAGGCAAAACUUUGUCUGUAAAAAGGCUGAAGGAUCAUGUCAGCCUGGAUGGGUUGCACAUCAAAACAGAUGCUACCAAUUCAACACAAGAUAUUUAUUGUCAUGGCAACAGUCAAUGCAGUUCUGUAGAGGCCAGGGAGCUAGAAUGGUAGAAUCAUAUGGGAAUACUGCUACUAAUUUUUUGAAAUCGUAUGCCGAUGAAUUGCGGUCAGCUGGUGUUGGUACUUAUUGGAUAGGAGCUACAGAUAACAACACUAAUACUUACAAGUGGUCCAUUGGAGCUGCUAUAAAAUAUCAGCAUUGGGUUCAUAAUCCACCAACAAAUACAAACAAUAGACAAGACUGUGUUUAUGUCAGUACAAAUGAUAGAAAUGGUUUAUGGCGACCCACACCAAACUGUGGAACUAAGAGGGCCUUUAUCUGCACUAUAGGAUUUAACAGACCUGUCAAAACAAUUACUACUCCAAGACCAACACUGAAGUGUGAUGCCCGUUGGACUUUGAAUAGUGGAAAUUGUUACCAAUUUAAUGACGCCAAGAGGAACUGGGAUAGUGCUCGACAAGAUUGCAAAAACCAAGGAGGAGAUUUAGCUACAAUUAACACAAACAGACUUCAUAGCUUUGUUAUCAAUCGUAUACGUACACAAGAAUAUUGGAUUGGUUUGAAUGAUAAAACUCAGAACAGAAAAUUUAUAUGGGCAUCAACAGGUUUGCAGACAAAAUUUAGAAAAUGGUGUCCAAGGGAACCAAAUGAAAGAGGAGGACAGGAAAAUUGUAUUGAAUACAAAAAUCAAUGUUGGAAUGACCAGGGGUGUAGCACAGGACGGAAAUUUGUUUGUCAGAAACCACCAAAAUCUAUUCCAUUAGGCCCACCAAUAACAACUACUCCAAUGCCAUUUAGUUUACAUUGUGGAGUUGGAUGGGAAGAGGAUCCAUCAUCAAAGUAUUGUUAUCAGUUCCGUGAUGACCAGAUGUCAUGGAAUGAUGCACGUCUGGCUUGUAAGAGAAUGGGUGGGGACCUGGCCAGCAUUCAUGAUAGAGAAACACAGGUUUAUAUAAACACAAGAUCUGCUACAAUGAAUUCAGUAGCUUUAUGGCUUGGUGGAACUGACACGUCAAAGGAAGGCGGAUGGACAUGGAGUGAUAGAACACCAUUUAAUUAUGUCAACUGGGCACCAAGGCAACCAGACGAUGCCAGACAUAAUGAGGACUGUAUGGGGUACUAUGUACAGCAAGGUCACACAUGGAAUGAUUUCCCAUGUAACUACAGGAAUGGAUUCAUAUGUAAAAAAUAUUGGGGACCCAGAACAACAAUUAAACCAAGACCAACUCCACGAGUUCCAGCUGGACAGUUUUUGGGAUGUCCAUUUGGAUGGAAAAAACAUGCAAACUCAUGUUGGGCUUUUAUUAGAAAAAAUAUGACUGCAACUGCUGCAAGAACAGAAUGCCAGCGGAGAGGUGGUUACCUAGCAACAGUCAACAGUCGGGAUGAGCAAAAUUUCAUACAGGCCAAUUUACCUAGACCAAUGAAAGGACUGUUCUUAGGUGGUAGUUACUGGAUAGGACUUAGUGACAGAGUUGUUGAGAAUUAUUUUGUCUGGGAUGAUGGAACACCAGUGUUGUAUACAAACUGGAAUAGUAAAGAGCCUAACAACUGGAGGAAUAUGAAUGAAGAUUGUGUCAGUGUUUGGCUCCAGGGAAGAGGUUGGAAUGAUAUGCCAUGUAACACUGUAUCUCAGGGUUACGUGUGUAGAAAAGGUGUACAGGUAGUAGCUACUACUGGACAGAAUCCAUUAUUCCAGGGAUGUACAAACCCUUGGAGAGGAUAUGGAUUUGGAGCAUCAUGCUAUGCUUUGUUGGAUCAAAAUAAUGCCCAACGUCUAACAUGGCAGGCAGCCCAAGCCUCAUGUCAAUCAAAGUAUAAAGGUCAGCUGGCAACAGUAAAUGACAGGUAUGUUCAAUCUUUCCUAGCCAGUUACAUAGACACCAGAACAGAUGUCUUUUGGAUUGGACUAACAGAUAAAUCUACCCCAGGGACUUAUAGUUGGAUACAAGGACAAACAGAUUACUUUACAUUCUGGGACAACACACAUAUAGGGAAUGAAAAGAAUACUUGUGUAGCCAUGAGAACAACUCAUCCAAUUGGAUUAUGGGGAAAUAAGCAGUGUACUGAGCUCCACAACUACAUUUGUGAAACACCAAGGACAGGCUUCACUGCACCUCCAUCAACAAUUCCACCCAAUGUUCCCUGUCCUACAGGUUGGAACCAGUAUUCGUCCUACUGUUAUAAAAAAUACUCAUCAGCAGCACAGAAAUUAACCUGGGAAGCAUCAAGAGAUUUUUGUAGAGGUCUUGGUGGUGACUUACUCAGUAUACAUGAUCAGAAUGAAUUAAACUAUAUAAAGACUACUUUACUGAUAGAUGACACAACUUACUGGACUGGACUCAAUGAUCGUGUUAAUGAGACAGGAUAUGUUUGGAGUGAUGGAUCUGGAUUUGAUUUUACAGCCUGGGCUCCCAAUGAACCUAAUAAUUUUAACAAUGAAGACUGUGGACAGAUUGUAGGCUAUACCACACAGAAAGGACUUUGGAAUGACAAUAACUGUUAUCUGUCUCUCAACUAUAUCUGUAAGAUACAGAGAGGAACAGUACUUCAAACUACUGCUGCUCCAGUGACCGGUGUUACAUCUGCUCAGUGUGGGGCAGGCUCCUGGGAGUUGUUCAAUGGAGCAUGCUAUAUGACCAAUCCACCAGAUGGUGCUAAUUCGUCACUAUCAUGGUACCAAGCCCAACAGUUUUGUUUAGCUAAUAAAGCUAAUUUAGCCAGUAUUCAUGCUCGGGAUGAAAACAAUCUUUUAUUAGGCAUGACUUCUAAGUUGAAUCAAGAUGAAUUUUGGAUAGGUCUGAAUGAACUUGAGAAGCCUGGAAAAUAUAAGUGGAGUGACGGCUCUGUACUUGAUUUUGAUAGCUGGAAUGGAAACGAACCCAAUGACGCAUUUGGAGGUGAAAGAUGUGCAGGAUUGCUUUCCUCUAAUGGGAACUGGAAUGAUGACAAUUGCAACCAACAAAUAGGAUUUAUCUGCAAAAAACAAGUAGGCUCUGUUGGGCCUGUAACUCCUGCACCACCACAGUUAAUCUCUGGAGGUUGUUCUGUCAAUGGAUUUGUACCAGAACCAUAUGGUAACAAAUGUUUUUAUGCCAAUAACAACACAACUCCAACAGAUUGGAACUCAGCUGUGAAGUUUUGUAGAAACUUUGGUAAUGGAUACGACAUUGCUGCAGUCAACAAUGAAAUUGAACAAGCUUUCCUCACUUCCUUGAUACAAGGAUUUACAACAAAUCUAUGGAUUGGACUGAACAAUUUGAGACAUAACAAUAGAUUUAAUUGGCAAGAUAACUCAGCAUUUUUCUACUCUAACUGGAAUGCAGGAGAACCUAAUGGUAACUCACAACGUGGACUGGGGAGAACAGAAGAUUGUGUAGAAAUGUAUGUGAAAAGUGUUAUAGCCGGUUCUUGGAAUGAUCAACAGUGUAACACACCUCGUAAUAUUUUAUGUCAAGGGCCAAAAGCUGUAGGUCAGGCUACUCCAUCCCCACAGAAAAAUUGUAGAGCAGGAUAUGUCUCCCAUGGAACAAGUUGUUAUAAGUUUGUAAAGACACCAGUCCAAUCAUGGCAACUGGCAGAAAAUUUCUGUCAAGGUGAUGGUGGUGUUCUUGCAUCUAUCAAUUCUAAUUAUGAGAACUCAUUUAUAGAAUCUCAAAUGGGACCAAACUUUGAUUACUGGAUAGGACUACAAUUUGACCAGUUUAAAGGUACUUAUCACUGGCAAAAGAGUUGGCCUGUUACAUUUACAAACUGGGGUUAUGGUGAACCAAGUCAGGCACCAUCAGACAGGUGUGUUAAGUCAAAAAAUGGACUAUGGGAUGAUACGACCUGUUCUCUUACUCUAGGAUACGUCUGUGAAAUCAAUUCUGCUCAGCCUCCAAUUCCAACACCUGCACCACCAGGACAUUGUCGUAACCCUGGUGAAAUAAUCAAUGGAGACUACUGCUACUAUUUUAGUCCAUUUACAUACAAGGACUGGCCAUCAGCUAGAUAUGCAUGUACUAGACGCUUGAUGGAUCUUGUCAGUAUCACUUCUCAAGUUGACCAGGAUUAUGUUUAUAUGGUUAUGUUGAAUGCUAGGUCACCUACUGCACAACAUACAGCACAGAAUAUCUGGGUUGGUCUCACAAAAGGAAUAAACAGUGGUUUUAUGUGGUCAGACAAUACUGCUGUAAGCUACACUAAUUGGAACGCUGGUGAACCAUCAGAUCCUGUGAAUGCAACCAACGAAGAAUGUGUAGAAAUGUACAGAGACACUGGCAAAUGGAAUGAUAUCCCCUGUGACCAGAAAAAAUCUUUUGUUUGUAAAGGCAGAGCAUUACUAGGAGCUGGAACAGUACCUGUAACCACACUAGCUCCAAUUACACCACCAAACGUUGGUCCAGUGACUCAACCUAAUGUUGGUCCAGCAACACAGCCUAUUGUUGGUCCAGGGUCUACUAGUAAACCAAAUGUUGGUCCUGUAACUUUCCCAACAUUUCCGAAUGUGUUUCCCACACGAAAUACACCAGCACCAAAUAAGAAUAAUGUGCCAUAUGUACAGCCAACUGGAUUUAUAAAUGGUCCAAAAAAUCAAGCUCAGACAAGGGUAUUAAGUAAUAAGACUGGGUUAUCAGGUGGAGGCUUGGUAGGUGUUUUAAUCACUGUUAUAGUAGUGUUAGGUGUGGUUGCAGUGGUAGGCAUGCUAUUCUAUAAGAAACGUAAUCCAUCGCCCGGUGGUGGUGUUGGUGGUGGUGCCGGCAGUUUUGACAAUGCGUUGUACUAUAAAGGUAAUGAAGAAGUUAACAUCAAUAGCAGUGGUGACUCAGGUGAAGCAGAUGCAUGAUCUGACAGGUCAAGGUUGAAUUAGUUGUCAUGUGACUCAUGUUGCCUGGGAAUAACAUACAAUAUACAAUGUUAUUGGAGGAACAUUCAAAGACUGAGUAUGUUUUAUAGGGCACAAUACAAGAACAGUUUUAAUCGAAUUUUAAAUAGUUUGUUUCAUUUUGACACAUCAGAAUUUUUUUGCCACUGAAAGCAAAUUUGCACUGAAUAACUUUUAUUCUUUUUUUUUUGCAAAAGUUUAAUCAUAGAACAGAAAAUCAAGGCUCUCAGUGCAUAACAUGCUCAAUAAGUUUAAUAGCUGUUUUUCUAUGUCUGUUACAUUCCUAUUUUUUCAGUGAGAUGCUUUUAUCUUAUUAUCUAUGCAUCACAAAAGGGUUCAAUUACAUGAUAACCAUUAUAUAAAGAUCAACAUGACAUUGAAAUAAUAUUAGGUUUCUGAAAAAUUUCGGGAAAAAAUUCAAAAUGCGUGACAGAGUUUUAUGUUUCCCCUGUUUCUAAGCAGCAUUCUUGUAUGUUCUUUAUGACAUUUAAAAUUUCACUUUUAUUGCCUUAGGAUUUUUUUUACAAGAUUAACAGAUUAACAUAUACAAACUAAUUGAUCAUAUUUCCAUAUUGUAAAUAAAUUUGCACAUUUAAACUCAAGUUGUAAAUGAUGUAAUGUUCGCCAGUUUUGUAUGCUGUAUAUUGCUAUUUGUGUUUAUAUUUUAAUUACUGGUCAGCUUUUUAUUUUUAUUGAAAAUCUAUAAACCAAGAAGAAAACACGAAAUGUGACCUUAAGACCUGAUGACAAUGCAGUUAGAUAUUAUAUUUCAUUUGUGUACAUAUAUUUGCGACUAGCAUUUGUUUAGUAGUGAACAUUGUAUCGAGUUUUGUUUAUAUAGACUGGUAUGCAAUUGUGCAAUAACACUCAUUUUUUCCAUUUUUUUCUAUUCAUUUGUGCAAUAAUGUGUGUUUUAUAAACUUUUGUGCAAUAAUAUUUUAAUUUCUCAGUUUUUUCUGAGCAUUUGUGCAAUAUGUUUUAGACUGCUGUGAUUUAGUGUAAUUGUUUUC